AUGUCCUCCGACGGCGAGCGCCUCGAGAUUUCCGCGGUCUGCGCCGACUACUUCGCCGCGCUGCACGGCUGCGAUGCCGAGCGCUUUCGCGGCAUGUUCCACCCGCGCGGCGUCCUGCUCGGCCUCGGUCCCGACGGCGCCGUCGUGCGCCGUGACUCUGCCGCGUUUUGCGCGGGUGUGGUCGCGCGGGGCGCGUCAAACGAGUACGCCGUCCACGAUCGCAUCGUUUCGAUCGAGUUCCUCGGCCGCGCCUGCGCGAGUGCAAAGGUGCAGAUUGCGCUGCCGCCGGCGCCCGAGUCGCCCACGCCGACCACGACCGCCGUGCUGUACACUGACUUCCUCACGCUGCUGCGCGACGACUCCAUCGACGGCGGCGCCUGGCGUGUCAUCGCAAAGAUCUACUCCUCUGCCCCGCUCGACGACGCGGACGUGCGCGCGGACGGCGUGACGCCGGCCGACUUUUCCGACGUCACGCGUGCCGUGGACGGCUAUUGCCGCUCGAACCGGCGCUGCGAUGGCGAGGGCAUGGCGAGGAUCUUCCACCCGGCGUGCUGUCUGACGUAUGCGCUUCCCGACGGCAUCGUCGUGUGCGACGCCGACGAGUUUUGCCGCGUCCGCGUCGCCGGCCGGUGGGAGCAGCCGGCGCACCGGCCGUAUGCGCACCUGCGCGGUGACCCGCGCGUGGCCGCAGCGGACACUCUGGUGUCGGUCGAUUUCGCCGGGCCGCGCGCCUGCCGCGUUGUGCUGCGCAUCGGUUGCCCGCCCUUUCUUUGGACGGACGUGCUCCUCUGCCUGAAGCUGACGGCGCCGGUUUACGGCAGAGACGGCUGGUGGAUCGUUGCCAAGUCUUCGUCGAGCGUGCCGUUUCUGCAGGGGGAGAGGGGAGAGGAGGGACCGCACCGUAAAUGA